AUGGAAAUGGAUGAUUUUGAAAAAUUGGAGAAAGUUGGAGAAGGAACAUACGGCAUAGUUUAUAGAGCUAAGGACAAAAAAACCGGAAGAAUUGUGGCUCUUAAGCAGGUGCGCCUAGAUUUACCCAUUGGAGAACAGGAAGGAAUUCCACCUACUUCGCUUCGGGAAAUUUCAUUGCUUAAAGAAUGUUCAAAAAAUGAAAAUAUUGUAAAGUAUGUUGAAAUUGUGUUUAAUGUUAAAUUCCAAAACCGCUAUAAAAGUUUAUCUGCUCCUCAAAUCCCAAACUUUGUUUGGGAUUUAACCGCAAGUAUAGUUGGAAUAGAAACGCAAAAGAAAUUGUUUCUUGUUUUUGAGUUCCUUACGAUGGAUUUGAAGAGAUAUAUUCAAACAUUUAAAGAGGGACUAGAAUUAAAUAAAAUUCAGAAACUUAUGUACCAGCUUCUUGAUGGAACUACAUUUUUACAUAGACGGCGAAUUUUUCACCGAGAUUUAAAACCACAAAAUCUAUUAAUUGAUAAAGAAGAAAACCUUAAAUUAGCUGAUUUUGGAUUAGCGAGAGCCGUUGGGAUUCCUUUGAAGCCUUACACGCAUGGGGUAAUCACACUAUGGUAUAAAGCCCCUGAACUUAUGCUCGGUAGUCCAACAUAUACUUUUGCUGUUGACAUUUGGAGUAUCGGGUGUAUCUUUGCUGAGAUUGCUAAUAGAGAAGUUUUGUUCAAGGGUGAAAGUGAAAUUGAUGAACUUUUCCUGAUUUUCCAGCAAGAUGUUUGGCCUGGUAUAUCGCAAUUUAGAGAUUUCACACCUGUCUUUCCAAAAUGGAAACCAAAAUCUCUUAAUGGAUACGUUCCUACAUUGAAUCCUCUUGGCGUCGAUUUGCUUGGUGUAAGUUAA